UUGCUCUCUAGGAAUUCUUCCUUGCACACAAACAUAGCUAUCUCGCCAAUCUGCUCCAUCAGGAUGGCAGCGAGUGCGACGACAGGGGUGAUGAACCCUCUCCUUGGCAAGCUCACCAAGCUGCUCGGCGAAGAGUACAGGAGGCUCACCGGUGUGAGGAAGCAGGCCUCCUUCCUCAAGGAUGAGCUAAGCGCCAUGAAAGCUCUUCUUGACAGGAUGGAGCUUAUGGAUAAGCUCGAUCCCUCGGCCAAGAACUGGAGGGACCAUGUUAGGGAGAUGUCCUAUGAUAUGAAGAAUUGCAUCGAUGACUUCAUGCAUGAUACUGAAGACGCCUAUGAAAAGAAAGGCUUCAUCAGAAAGAUGGCUCAGCGUCUCAGAAGGUUGGGGAGGCGUCAUCAGAUCGCAAACAGGAUCAAGGAGCUCAAGGUUCUUGUGGUGGAGGCGAAUGCUCGACGUGAGAGGUACAAGAUUGAUGAGUUCAUCAACUCGAGUCCUAGCAUCGUGGUUACGGAUCCCCGUAUUUCAGUGAUCUACAGGGAGAGAGAAGGCAUCAUUGGUAUUGAUGGCUCGAAAGAAGAGCUUGUUGGCUUGUUGAUGGAUUCUAAGAAGAAACUCAAAGUGGUUUCCAUCAUGGGGUUCGGAGGUUUGGGUAAAACUACGCUUGCCAAGCAAGUGUAUGAUGAGAUUGGAGGACAGUUUAACUGCAAGGCAUUUGUUCCAGUCUCUCAAAGACCUGAUGUUAAAAGUCUUCUGACUGGCCUACAAUUAAAGCUUGGGAUGGAGGAUUCUUCUCAUGCUCAAGAGUUGCAAGACAUCAUUGACCGCCUAAGAGAAUACCUAAAACAUAAGAGGUACUUAGUUUUAGUUGAUGACUUGUGGGAUGAACCAACAUGGAAUAUUAUUAGUUGUGCCUUUCCAGAACAUGGUAAUGGAAGCAAAGUAAUGGUAACCACACGAUUAGAUGACAUAGCUCUCUGGGCGUGUCAGAAUGAUCGUGCGUGCAUUUACAAAAUGAAGCCACUCAAAGAACAAGACUCAAGACAGUUAUUUUUUAAUAGAGUAUUUGGAUCCAAAAAUGACUGUCCAGAACAUUUUAAAGAAAUUUCAGCUCGAAUUCUCAGGAAGUGUGGCGGACUGCCACUUGCAAUUAUCACCAUAGCUAGCAUCUUAGCUAGCCAAGAAGCAAGAUCACCAAAUGAAUGGGAGAGCAUAGUGAGUUCCCUUGGUGCCAAGAUUUCUACAAAAUCCACCUUCGAAGAGAUGAGGGGUAUACUGAACCUUAGUUACAUCCAUCUUCCUGCUCAUCUUCGUCCAUGUUUUUUGUACCUUGGCAUGUACAUGGAAGACCGUGAGAUCAUGAGGGAUGACCUGGUUCGACAGUGGAUAGCCGAAGGCUUUGUGUGUAAUUUGCACGGAGUAGCUUUGGAUGAUGUUGCAAAAAGUUAUUUCAAUGAGCUUAUCAAUAGAAGUCUGAUUCAGCCCGAAGAGACAUUUGGUGGGGAGGUAAUUUCCUGUAGAGUACACGAUAUGAUGCUUGAUUUUAUCCUCAGCAAAAGUGCAAAAGAUAAUUUUAUCAGUGUAGCAUAUAACUAUGAAGACAUGGCAAGAUUGCACAGUUGCGAGUACAAGGUUCGUCGAUUAUCUCUGAAAUCAAGUGUUGGUGAUGAAACAUCGGAGACACUUGCUACUAGCAUGUUACAAGUUAGAUCAUAUGCUCGGUUUUGGGAGUCCAAAUGCACACCUCCUCUUUCACAGUUUAAGUACGUACGUGUGCUUUUUUUUGAGUUUUCAUAUCAAUGUCAUACAACAGUCGACCUCACUGCAAUAGGUCAUUUUUUUCUGUUGAGGUAUUUGAAGGUUUCAGCAAGAUCAGCAGACAUAAUGCUACCUACUGAAAUUCAAGGGCUUGCUUAUUUGGAAACAUUGGAGUUAGUUUGCCGGUCCACACAAGGCUUUCCAUCGGAUAUAAUUCGCUUGCCCAACUUGUUUCAUCUUGUACUUCCAUAUGGUAUAGCGCUGCCUCAAGGGAUCCAGAACAUGAAAUCAGUCUGCACCCUGAAUUGUUUGGGCAUGUGGAAUAUGAGUUCCCUGGAGGAUAUCAAAGGCCUUAGCGGGCUGACCAAUCUAAAGGAAUUGACGUUAUGCACGCCUUAUGGCCAGUGCUUGACGGCUGACCGUGUGGAUGCUUUGGUGUCUUCCAUUGGAAAGCUCCGAGGCCUGACACACCUCUCCCUCGACUGCCCGAGCGAAUCUGGUGACAAUGGCAGCCAGCUAGACUCAUUGCCGGAUCCUCCUCUCCAUCUAGAGGUACUCGAUCUGGAAACAUGGGCUUUCAGUAGAGUUCCCAAAUGGAUUGGUGAGCUAGGUUGCCUCCGGAUCCUCUAUCUUUGUGUCAUGCACAUGUCCAGUGAUGAGAUUCGUGUUCUUGGAGAGCUUCCCUCCCUCAUCGAUGCCAGGUUCCACGUGUUGGAUGUUUCUCAAGAUAAGGUCAUGGUCGGCGCGGGGCUAUUCCCAGCUCUGGAGUACUUCUAUCUCUUGUGUAGCGAAGAUGUCACUGAGUACCUAAGCUUCGAGGCAGGAGCUACUCCCAAGCUACUAACACUCAGCCUUGGAUUCGUCUGGGAAGAGUGGAGAGGCGCUACACCAGUCGGAAUGGAGCGUCUGCCCUGCCGGCAGGACAUCCGCUUGUCUCGCCGGUACACCAGCGCCGAGUCAAGCGAAAAUCAGGAAGACGUGCUCGCUGAUGUCGUGUCUGCCUUCAAGAGCGCCGCACGGCUGCACCCAAGGCAUCCCUCUGUUACGGUUGUGUAGCCAUGCAUUCCAUCCAUGAGCCUCAGUUAUCGCCGCGUCACUUUUCUCUCUUGAUGAAUGUGGUUUUUUUUUUGAGGAUCUUGAUGAAUGUGGUUAUUACUAUUCCCCUUGUGUAUUGUAAACCUGAUAUAGUACUUUGCUUUUAUUUAUGAAUGAGAUCAUUA